UGGGGAAAUCGUGUGCUGUGAGAUUAUCCGACUGUCCUGUGGAUUUUCAGGCGUUUCUGUGAGCCGUGGAUCGAAAGUGGGAAUUAUGUGCGGUUAAACAACAGAAUAAGCUGGCUAUGACAGGCUGUUUUAUAUAUAAUGUAAACACACACGUUAAAUAUGUAUAUCAUACCUCUUAUAUAUUAUAAACCAGCAGCAGGUCGGGCUGCAGCACAUAAAAGAGCCUGCCUGACUGCCUGCUUACAGACCACGCAUAUCCCUCCCACUGCGGGGAUCUGCGUCUAUAAUACCGUGAGAGUGCAAUCCUCAGCUUUAGACCGUGCUCCUCAACCUGCUGCUGUGUCUGCUCAUAUUUUACUCGCUUUUCUACAUGAUCGGGAGCGUCUGCUUUGGUGCCUUCAGGUUGGACCACUUUGAUGGACUGAUUCCUUUUGACUUUAAGACCGAACCUACCGAAUCCAACUCCAAAUACUUGGUGAACCUCCUGUCCUUGGAGCUCACCUACUUUUGCAGUGGCCUUCUGUUUGCCGCAGUGGUGAGGAGGCGGGUUUGGGACUACGCUCUCACUGUCACACUGGUGCAUGUAAUGAUCACCAGCCUAGUAAUGUUGGAGUUUCCUACUGUGUGGCAGUGGUGGCUGGCUUUAGGCAGUGGCUUGUUUCUGAUGAUUUGCAACGGUCAGUUGAUUGCUUACUUCACAUGCCAGAGUGAGCAGAGCUACGCCUCCUUCAGCAUCUACUGACAGACUGAAAGCCACCCUCCCUGUGUCCAAACUGUUCCAGUCUUGUGAAGUGAGGUAGAAAGGAUCAGAACAGAUGCUCUCCUUUUUUCUCUUUUUUUUUGAGGGGAAGACAUCCAUUAGCUUCUCCACAGUGAUGGGCUUUUUCUGUUCAUCACUAAAAUUAG